AUGGCAAAUGAUAAGGCACCCAGCCCACUAGACUUUGGGAAAACCAUCUUUGAUUGUGCUGUGCAUCCAAGUCGCGAUCUCGUAGCAACCGGCCUGAUUAACGGCAAAGUCCUUUGUCACAAGUACGGUCUUGAUAAACAUGAACAUUUAUGGACGGAACGCCCUUUCAAAAAAUCCUGUCGUGGUGUAGAGUUUACUUUGGAUGGUGCAGGCCUUUACAGCAUAUCGAAGGACAGAAUGAUCUGCCUUAUGGAUACUGAGACAGGGAAGAUUUUGAGCAGUAGAGAGAGAUCCCAUGAUAAUCCGCUUAAUGCCCUUUUGUGUUUGAACGAUAACAUACUCGCCACUGGUGAUGAUCAAGGUGUUAUCAAGAAAUCUGGACGACUAGGAGAUGGAUAUCUAUCUACUUGGGAUAUCCGAAAACCAAACGUCUCAGCCAUGUCCGACAAUAUGGAGGAUGAAUUGUUAUCAGUCGCGCUGGUCAAGAAUGGUAGCAAGGCUGUAGUCGGAUCACAGGAAGGCAUUUUGAGCUUAUGGUCUUGGGGCGACUGGGGCGAUUACAACGAUCGCAUUGUUGGUCAUCCCAACUCAAUUGAUACGAUCUGUAAAUUGGAUGAAGAUACGAUAUGCACGGGCAGUAGCGAUGGCAUUAUCCGGUACGUAAUGAUAGCUCCUCCUUUCCAGUAUAUAAAAUUCAACAAAAGAGAGGAGGGGAAGCUAAUAAACACCGUGGUUAUUUAUUUUCAGAAUCGUGUCUGUGUUACCUAA